UUGUACAGUACGAUUGGCCGGCCCGGAGGCGGCGGGUCUUUCGCUUUUCCUUCCUGCCUGUCUCCUGCCUGUCUGACGAGAUCAACCUCUUUUUCUCGCCGAAGGUUUCGCCACGCGAGACUCGAGUUUCGUCAAUUUUCCCGAUCGUCGGAUUAAGAUUUCGGGAAUCUCGUCUCUCUUCCUCUCGCUUCGCGUUAAUUCCUUUGGACGUCGCCGAGAAGAUGAGGAUGGCAUAACCGUGAUAACCAGCGCCUGAAUUCUGGAUUACGCUGGGACGCAAACGUGGCGUGAGUGAACAGUCUCCAUCUUCGAUGUUGGGCUACUAUCAGACGGAAUCCAUGCCAAAUUCAGCGAUGUCGAUGCCGGCGCCGGCACCGGGCGGCGGCAUGGUCGCUGGCCUAGAGGCGAUGAACUCGGUGAAGAGUCUGGUGUGUAGCCCGGACCUGACGAUGUUCGCCGCGCCGAGAUGUAGCGGCGCGAAGACGACGGACUCGGCCAGGCCAGCGACAAUCGCGACGGCGACGGCGACGGCGAGCUGCAUCGGCGGAAAGUACCAAUGCGUGAUCUGUCAAAAGAACUUUGCGCAGAAGAACGUGUACCAGAAUCACCUGAGGUCCCACGGCAAGGAGGGCGAAGAUCCGUAUCGCUGCGACAAGUGCGGCAAGACGUUCGCCGUUCCAGCGCGGUUGACGCGCCACUAUCGCACCCACACAGGCGAGAAGCCGUACGAGUGCGAGUACUGCAGCAAAUCGUUUUCGGUGAAGGAGAACCUCAGCGUCCACCGGCGUAUCCACACGAAGGAACGGCCGUACAAAUGCAACGUGUGCGGCCGCGCGUUCGAGCACAGCGGCAAACUGCACCGUCACAUGCGCAUCCACACCGGCGAACGGCCGCACAAGUGCAGCGUAUGCGCCAAGACGUUCAUCCAGAGCGGCCAGCUGGUGAUACACAUGCGCACGCACACCGGCGAGAAGCCGUACGUGUGCGAGUCGUGCAAAAAGGGUUUCACCUGUUCGAAGCAAUUGAAGGUGCACACGCGCACCCACACCGGCGAGAAGCCCUAUACCUGUGAGAUCUGCCGCAAGGCGUUCGGCUACAACCACGUGCUCAAGCUGCACCAAGUCUCGCACUACGGCGAGAAGGUGUACAAGUGUACGAUCUGCAACGAGACCUUCAACUCGAAAAAGACGAUGGAGCAGCACAUCAAGAAGCAUCCGGAAUCGCCGACGUCCCUCGCCUCGACCAUCACCGACAGCGGCGUCUCCUCGCCAUCGGCGCCGAUCGAGCCGGAUAUCGAGAUUUCCCAGGGUGGCGUCGGUGAAGGCGGUGGCGGUCUCGGUUCGGCCGUUGUUCCGGCGAGCCCGGAGGGUCUGCUCGCAGGGUCUAUCGCCGGCGUUGACGACAAGGAGAAUCGCAUGAAGACUGAAGAGGCCUAUCCGGAUUCGACGACGAGUCCUUACGCUGUUCAACGCGAGUUGGCGUAUUACUUGUAUUCUGGUAACAGGGAGCAGCAGUAUUCGCAGCCGGUGGCCGCGCCGCCCGUUAACACGACGGAAACCGUGCUCACCGACGUCGAGGAGAAGCGCUUUCAAGCGAGCGUAGUGGUGAGCUCGCCGCUGGAAUCGGUCACUCACUACCAUCACCACGUAUUCUUUUAUCCCGAACCGGCGUAUUCCAAUUUUGGUUUGACUUCUAGCAGCGGCGUUGACCUCGAAACCGCCGAUUGCUCGUCUCUACUUAAUUUGCCGGGUAACGAUGCGCGUCGCAGAGUCGAGGCCGCGCUGGAAGCGGUCGAGGAGGAACGUCAGAGGCAAGAGUGCGACGGUGUCGGGAUCGUCAAGAUGGACCGGGAUCCGUUGCUCACGCCGCCCAGCAGCAAUCCCGAGAGUCCGGCGUCGUCGCCCGAUCUGGCGCUGGAUUUGGCGAUUCCGCCGCGGGAAACGCUGAUUCUGCCUCCCAGAAAGCGCAGCAAGAUGAUCCUCCAGUCCAUGGAGAGCGAGUACAGGAAUAGCGUCGGCCUAAUCGCGACCUCGCAGAGACAAAAUUCUGUCAUUCAGUUCGCGCGAGCUUCAUAGUUGAUAUGCGGAAGCUAAUGACGAAGCUUCGCGAAGACUUCACGUGACUUUGGAAACUAAAGGAAGAAGGAAUUUUCCAAAAGGUAUCCAUCUGAUGAUCAAAAAUGAAAAUUGGAGCAAUUCGACAUCUGAGACAAGCUGAAGAACUAACGUUGGAAAUCUUUGCAAAUUCCACUAGUCUUUCGACGUCGAAUGAUAAUCGCAAAGCGCGUAAACGAACUUAUGAACAUUUUAACUUAACGAUCGCGAUGAGCAAAACUGUAUCCACCAAGUCCCGUUGUUUUCGAAAAAAAUGGACCGAAGGAAGAAACUCAUUGUUUCUCUUCGGCAAUCCUAAUGUGAGACAUGACGCAAGUGUAUUGCAGCUCGUCAGCAUCUUAUCUUUCCAUUCACAGCCCGCAUGGUUAAAGAAGGGCUGAUGGCAAAUCAGCUCGAUAAUCGAGAGUAGUCGCACUUGUUACUUAAUAGUAAUAUCGAUACUAAUUAAUGCGUAGUCCGUCACUGGACUAUAUGUAUUUUCCUAAUAGAUUGCGGGCGACAACAAUACGCUCGCGAUUAUCUUCUCAACCUUGUUCGAUAGCUUUUCAGCCUUCAAGGCGCGUAACGUUGGAGGAUAUAGAGACGAAAAAAAGAGACUGGAUAUUCCUUCAUCGGGAGAAUCGCACCGAUUGUAAGCGUGCUCGAUGAAGUAACUGCGCGAACGUAACUAUAUAUGUGCUCAAUAUUAAAACAAUUUAAUUCUACAAGAGUAAUUUCUUUACA